CGCUAACAGAAACAAUUCCAACAAGAACAACCCCAUCAUUAACCAUAGCAACAACAUCAUCGUUUCAUCGUCCCAUUCAUCCCGCACCACCAACAACCACAACGGCUCCCAGGCCUGUGCGGCUUGCAAGCACCAGCGGAGGAAGUGCGCCGCCGACUGCAUCCUCGCCCCCUACUUCCCCCACGACCGCCAACGCCAAUUCCAGAACGCCCAUAAGCUGUUCGGGGUCAGCAACAUCACCAAGAUCAUCCGCCACCUAAGCCCGCCCCAUAAGGACGAGGCCAUGCGCACCAUCAUUUUCGAAUCCGACGUUAGGGCCCUCGACCCCGUCGGCGGCUGCUACGCCAUCAUCCGCCACCUCCAACACCAGAUCGACCAAACCCAAGCUGAGCUCGACCUCGUUCUUACCCACAUUGCGUACUGCCGCCGCGCAGCUGCCGUCGCUGCUCAUGCCAACAACAACAAUAAUGGCAUUUUGGACGACGAUCAUAAACCGGUGCCCGCGCCCGCACCCGAUGAGUGGUGUGAAAAACCAUCAAACAAUAUGAUGAUGAACGUCGUAUACCCAUCUCACCAUUACCAUCAUCAACCGCAAUUCUUGAUCGUUCAGAAUGAUGAAAUGGUAGAUCUCAUGAACAACAACGUUGCAUGGGGAGUGCAUGUUCCUGUUGAUGAUACGCCUCAUCCGUCAUCAUCGACGGUUCCAACAAGUCAAAUCUCCGAGGAUAGUAUGAAGCCUGUUCUUGAUUUGUCGGGUUAUGUGGAAAUAGAAGAACUUACUUUUGGCACGGAUGGAACGCUUGAAGGAAGUGAAGAGGCUAUUGUGAAGGCGGAUCAAGAUAAGGCUCCGGUAUUGAAUGAGGAGGAUGAGAGUCUUUCAAACAUGCUCAAGAUCAUGAUCUAAUUAAAAUAUAUCUUCUACAUAGAUAGAAUUAUUUAUUUAUUGAUUGUUUUACUAAUGUAGUAUAUAUUCACUUGCAAAUUAAUCGCUACAUUCAAUGAUAUUCAGACUUUUUCUCCUUCUUGCCUUGGUCUGGGCUAGGUUAUGGAAAAUGGAAAUGCAUAUCUGA